AUGGACCAAACCAGAAACUGGAUGUGGGAAAUAAGCAAGAACUACUCAAACAGGCCAAUCUAUAUCAAUUCAGUUCUCACUUCUCCCUCUGCAUCUCCCUUUGCUUCAUGGGAGGAGUUCGCCUUCGCCAAAGAUUCCGCCGGCGAUCUCUGGGACUGCGUAUGGCCGCCUCGGUCCUACUCGUGCAGCUUUUGCUGGAGAGAGUUCAGGUCGGCUCAGGCGCUUGGCGGCCACAUGAAUGUUCACCGUCGAGACCGGGCUCGCCUCAAGCUAGAAGCUUCAAGCUCUUCUAAUGAAGAAGAAAACUCUAGCCCUAACCCUAACCCUAACCCUAGUCCCAAAUCUGUAGCUGCAGCCUCAUACUCAUUGCAAACUCAAGAAAACUGCAGCAAGAACAUGUUGGUUUCAGCUUCAUCCUUUCCCAAUCCGCCUCCUGAAGUUUCAAUUGAUUUGAAGUUAGGGGAGAUGGAUUGCAAGAGAAAAACAUCAGAAGCUUGUGGGGUUGAUAAAGAUUCAAGUUACUGUUAUAAAAAGCUGAAGAGUACUGAUGAUCUAAUGUUCGGUUUGAGUAUGAAGAGUGUUAGAGACGAUCAACUGCAGCUUUUAAGAUCUGAUGAGGUACUAAAGCUUAGAACAUGCCAAGUUGAAGAAUUGGAUCUUGAGCUUAGGCUUGGACAUCCUCCAAAAAUAAAGCAGGAUUGCAGCAUAAUUUUGAUUGAAUAG